AAAAAGAGGAAGUUACUAUAAAUGGAGAAGAUGAAAAAGAACGGAAAGAUCCCUAUUUUGUGGAAACACCUUAUGGAUACCAGCUAGACUUGGAUUUUCUGAAGUACGUGGAUGAUAUACAAAAGGGGAAUACCAUUAAGAAACUAAAUAUACGAAAGAGGAAGAAAGCUGCACCAGCCUUGGUGGGUACCAGGAACUCUGGUGGCCAGUGCAGUGGCUGGACCUCCACAGAGUCUCUCUCUUCAUCAAACAGUGAUGAGAACAAGCAGUCUUUGGCAACAAGGAGUCAAGUAACCUUGUCCGUCCCUGCAAAACCCUCGGUUUCCUUUGAAGUAUCUCCUACUUACUUAACUGUUCCAGAGAUUAAACAGCUGCCGCCUCCCUCCCCUCAGCCUCCUCGGCACAACCUCCUUGUAACAAAAACCCUCAUGGAAACAAGGAGGCGACUGGAGCAGGAGAGGAUGAUGCAGGUCACACCUGGAGAUGUCCGCAGGCCUCGACUCUCCAGCUUUGGAGGCAUGGGCUCCACGAGCUCUCUCCCCUCUUUUGUGGGAUCCAGUGGGUACAGUCACGUGUCUCAGCACCUGCAGAACGGGUAUCAGGGGAACGGUGACUAUGGUGCCUGUUUCAGCUCCUCGUUGGGCAGUUCCAUUCGUCACAGCCCCAUGAGCUCAGGAAUAUCCACACCGGUCACCAAUGUGAGCCCGGUGCAUCUGCAGCACAUCAGGGAGCAAAUGGCAGUUGCCCUCAAGCGUCUCAAGGAGCUUGAGGAGCAAGUCAAGACUAUUCCUGUGCUGCAGGUCAAAAUUUCAGUGUUGCAGGAGGAGAAGAGGCACAUGAUGGCUGAACUCAAAAACCACAGGAAAGCCACUCAAAAUGACACAUACGGUUUUAGAAAGCGAUCCUAUAGUGCAGGAAAUGCCGAGCAGUGGGAACACAUGUCUCAGGUGAGAAGAGGUGGAGAACUGUAUAUAGACUGUGAGGAAGAGAUGGAGAGUAUGGAGCAGAGCUCUCAGAGGAUAGAGGAGUUCAGGGCGCUGACUGCUGAGAUGCAAGCCUUGGAGAAAAAAAUCCAAGAUAGUAACUAUGAAAGUCCAGCAAAUCUUCGGGUGAACAGAGAAAGCCUGACAAAAGAAGCCCGAUCUGUUGCUGUGGGUGCUGAUGAGAACAUGAACGAUGUUGUUAUAUACAACAAAUCUGCGAGGCAACACAAAGAAGUAGCUGUGGGAACAGAGAAAGAAAUGAGGGAGUGUGGAGUUGGGGUGACAGAGGCCAUGCUUGGAUUGUCUACAGAGGCUGAGAAAGAGAUAGAGCUUCAGCAGCAGACCAUUGAAGCCCUUAAGGAGAAGAUUUACAGACUAGAAGUUCAGUUAAAGGAAACCACCCAUGACAGGGAAAUGACCAAAUUAAAACAGGAGUUGCAGGCAGCUGGGUCUAGGAAAAGAGUGGAUAAAGCCAUGAUGGCUCAGCCCCAUGUUGUCAGUAGGAUGGUGGAGGCUGUCAUACAAACUAGAGACCAAAUGGUGGGAGACCACGUGGAUGUUGCUGAUUCGUCAGUGGGAAACCAUCUGCAGACAAGCAGCAUCGGCACCUCCUGCAGACCUGCCAUGCGGAGCACGGCUGCGGGCCCCGAGCUCCUGAUGAACCGAUGGCUGGUGAGGGAGAGGGCAGAGGUGCAAGAUCAGAGCACAGGGAGGUCCAUGGAGCUGCAUGAUAAGUCAGUGGGCACAGAGACAAGUGUUUGUGAGACAGGCAUCAACACGGUGGAGCCGUCAGAGGUGCCCAGCCCUUGCCAGAUAGCACAGGCACAGGUUGGAGCAGUGAGGUCUGUGGGCUGCGGGGACUGCUCGGUGGAUGUGGUGGUUUGUGUGCCCAAGGAACAUGUGUCCCGUGAAACAGCCACAGAGGCUGUUCCCAGGACAGAGGCAAUGGUGAUGGCUGUGCCUUCCACAGCUAGCCAGCAAACCAGCACUGCUUUGGAGAUGGUGAGCCAGUGCACCAGCACAGAGGUGGCCUGCCUGGCAGACUGUGGGACUAACACCAGUGUGAGCAGCUGUGAUAAGCAGACCAGCACGGACGGUGUGGAGCUGCGGAGUGUGGCGGUAGGGGAUGGCCGGGUGAAGGACAUACACGCGUCUGCUAAGACACGUUCGGUUGGAGUGGGCACUGUACUCUCUAGCCACCCUGGCUUUGAAAAGCCUUCUGCAAUAAAAACCAAAGACUGUGGCAUUGGACAGAUAAGUGUUCAUGAGAACUACCUGGUUGGUCUGAAAAUGAGAAGCAUUGCUUGUGGGCCCCCUCCAUUGCCAGUUGUCCCAGCCAGCACCAGGAGCAUAGGUGUUGGGGAAGAGUCUGUGUGCAACCCAGUCAGUAGUCAGCUGGAGAGCCCUCUGCCUCCGUCUGAGCUGAGGACAGGCUUGGAUCACUACAUUGAACGUGUGCAGAAGCUGCUGCAGGAACAGCAGAUGCUGCUUGCUGAAAAUUACAGUGAGUUGGCAGAAGCCUUUGGGGAGCCCCACUCCCAGAUUGGAUCUCUCAAUUCACAACUCAUAAGUACCCUCACCUCCAUCAACUCUGUCAUGAAAUACGCCAGUACAGAGGAGCUGCGGAGCCUGGACCUUCAGAAGCAGUGCAUGGAGAGAAGCACCCCAUCAGGUGCUACUUUGGAGUACAUCCCUCAUGGCCAGCUUGCAAACACCCACUUAACUUCAAAUUUGCGAUCGCUGAAGUUGGAGCAGGACACUGUGCCCACUCAGGAGGAGAGGAAGACCCCCCUGGUGGAAGCUGCUCGGGGAAGGAAGUCUUUUUCUUCUCAGGAUAAAGCUCUCACUCCAAUUAACCUGACAGAUGACCAGCUUGCCUCAGGUCUCUAUGUAUGUACGAAUAAUGAGAACACACUAAAAUCUAUCAUGAAGAAAAGAGAUGGGAAGAAGGAUUUGAGCAACACCAAGAAGAACCUUCAGUUUGUUGGCAUUAAUGGCGGGUAUGAGACCACAUCCAGCGAUGACUCCAGCUCCGAGGAGAGCUCCUCCUCAGAUUCAGAGGAGGAGUGUGAGAGCCACGAGUACCCCUGCAACCAGCAGCCCACCCCCCACACCGCGGAGGUCUGCGCCGUGGGGGCAGAGAAGGAUCGUCCCCUCCCAGAGAGUGAGGCUGAGGAGGUGGAAAUCAGAGAGAGGUACGAGCUAAGUGAAAAGAUGCUUUCUGCCUGUAACCUGCUGAGAAACAACGUUGAUGACCCCAAGGCAUUAAACAACAAAGAUGUGAGGUUUUGUUUAAAUACCAUCCAGCAUGAAUGGUUUCGUGUCUCGAGUCAGAAGUCAGCUGUCCCUGAAAUGGUUGGAGACUACAUAACUGCUUUUGAAGAGAUCUCUCCCGCUGUCCUCAGACAUAUCAUCAACAUGGCAGAUGGAAAUGGAAACACAGCUCUGCAUUACAGUGUCUCACAUUCUAACUUUGAAAUUGUAAAGCUUCUUCUGGAUGCAAAUGUCUGUAAUGUAAAUCAUCAGAACAAGGCUGGUUAUACCCCCAUCAUGCUUGCUGCACUUGCAGCUGUGGAAGCAGAGAAGGACAUGAGGAUAGUGGAGGAACUGUUCAGCUGUGGGGACGUGAAUGCUAAAGCCAGCCAGGCUGGUCAGACUGCACUGAUGCUAGCUGUGAGCCAUGGCCGGAUAGACAUGGUUAAAGCUUUACUGGCCUGUGGUGCAGAUGUCAAUAUCCAGGAUGAUGAGGGCUCUACGGCUCUGAUGUGUGCUAGUGAGCAUGGACAUGUGGAGAUUGUUAAGCUUCUGCUGGCUCAGCCUGGGUGUAACAGCACCCUGGAGGACAAUGAUGGCAGCACAGCGCUUUCAAUAGCCCUGGAAGCUGGACAUAAGGACAUAGCAGUUCUCCUCUAUGCCCAUGUCAACUUUUCCAAAACCCAGUCACCGGGCACUCCUAGGCUUAGCAGAAGGACAUCUCCUGGUCCCACCCACAGAGCCACAUUUGAGUAG